CGAAAUGUAGCCCAACUUGCCAAGCCGCCUCCGCAAGAAGAAGCGUUGGAAUCGGAGGAAUCCAGCAUGUCUCUGCCGCAGACACUGGUUCGCAUUCCGACAGAACACGCUCCGACGCUCCAGGCGCAGGCCGAAAACGCAGCAGAGAACGCAGAGAGCAGUAUGGCUACGCCAUGAUAAGUUUCACGAGAGAUGGAUCUAUGGCCCGAAAAGCAAAACCUCCCUUGGGAAGCGACGAAUUUCGAACCGGAGGUACGUUUGGUCCCUGACUAGGUCAGCCUGUGUGGUGCUGCUGGUGCAGCAUACACGACCAGAUCUCUCGAGAUGCCUAUGGCAGAUGCACAUAGAAGAGAAGCCAUCAUUGGCUAAUGAGCCAGAACAAUGCGGAAGAAUGGCUUGGGAAGCUCACGUUGGAACCGUUGCCGGAAGCUACCAGUCUGUGGCAUGCCCAAGUGUUGGCGGAAAGCUACACAUUCUAGCGUCCUGUUCCGGCAGUUUGAUGCCGACGCUGGAUUGGGCAGGGAGGCUCCACCCCAAGUCAACAAACACUAACCUAACAAGUGAGGUGCGGGGUUCCAGACUCCCAAAUGGACGGGAAGGACGCGACUUGAGUCUGAACGCGUCUCUUAGUCAUCUCUAUCUGGGCUCACCCGUUGGCCGUUGCCAUUGCCACGGAGCCGAUGCAACGAAACGGGAGGUACCUCGCCCUCACCCUCGUGGCUACCCGAACGCCCUUGGCAAGCUGGCCCUGAGAAAUAGGUCGGGACUCGGGAGUGAGGGGAUCUAUCGAGCCUGCCGCGCCCAUGCUCAUUUGCUGUUGGUUGGUGGCUUUAUUGGCAGGACACUGACAAGUAGGGGAAAGAUCAAAUUGAAGCCAAUUUCCCGCCAUCUUGGUGGCUGUCAGGCUAGAAAUCCUCCUCUUCCAUGUCACUGUUUGUCUUGCUUCCAUUCCGCUUCCAUCUCAAAGCACCAAGCACUUUAGCCCAUCAUACUCGAAGAGCUCUUCUUUUUGGACACAUUCAGCCCUCUCCUCCACACUUUGGCUUGAACCAGAAUCAUACGGCCAAUACAAAGAGUACUGUGUACGAAGUAAGGAUACCUAGUGUUCCAGCCAAUAACCCCGCCAU